GCCCUUGCUCCCAAGAGCGCCCCAAACAAGAGUCCGAAAAGGUUUGAAGCAGUUCCUGGGAUAGGUAUUCCUUACACUUGGAGAUCGCUGAGAGGAGCCAGAAAAGCAGAUUUAUGAUCACCAGCAAGAAAAGUUCUUUGCUUAGCUGUUUUACCAGCAGCAGGUAUGUUAUGUAUAAAAGUGGAUAAUUUACAUGAUAAAUGAAAAUGGCCAAUUCUUUAAGAGGAGAAGUACUGAGUCUUUAUAAAAACCUGCUGUAUCUUGGACGAGACUAUCCAAAAGGAGAUUAUUUUAAAAGGCGUUUGAAGACGGUUUUCCUUAAAAACAAAGAUGUGCAGGACCCAGAGAAGAUCAAAGAACUUAUCAGACGGGGUGAAUUUGUAAUGAAAGAGCUAGAAGCCUUAUAUUUCCUUAGGAAAUACAGAGCUAUGAAACAACGCUAUUAUUCAGAUACAAACAAAACUAACUGAUCAUUACUAUUGUAAUUUAGGUGAAAACCAGUACCACCAAUUUAUGUAUAACAACCAUUGUAUAAUAAUUCAAACUUAAAAUGAGAAGAUAUACAUAUUGUGUAAAAAAUAAUGAGCUACCCUAAUGAACUAAGAUUAAUAGGUUUCAACUUCUGUUCAUACUGAGAGCUUUUUAUCAGCAACCCUUUAUGUUCAACUUUUGUAUUAAGAUAGCAAUUUAGCUAUCUUAACAAUUACAAAUUAAUGAGCACCCCAUUUUGAAUGAAAAUAAUACUUAAUUUCCUAACAUACUAGGACUUAGCUAAUUAUUCAUAGUCCAUUUCUCCAUUUUACUGACAGGAGAAUGCUAUUUACUGAACAUUUUUAAUAAGCAAAAUAAUUUCUUACACAUUUAAUCCCCUUAACUUUUGAAGAAGUGCCUUAUUUUUUAACCCAAUUUGGUCUAUUAGCAUAUAAUCAAGAUUCACUACAAAACGUAUGGCACCUAGUAAUAAAUGUAGUUACAGAAAUAAUAUGUAUAGCAUCAUUGCUUCUGACCCUGAAAUAGCCUGCUGGUGACUGGUAUUACAUACAUAACUGUUUGAUUAUUUCCAUUAUUAAUUUUGCUGCUGGCUGCCUUUGGGCCUUAAACAGAUCACCUGUUGUGUAUCAAUUACUUUGAUAAAAGGUAAUAAUGUUAUUCUGUUGUUAUAAAGGCAGAUUUGUUUUGCAUUUACUUCUAAAUAUGGUUUUAAAUUUAAGCAAACACUAAAGUCUUUACAUAAUGUCCACAGCUCCUUUUAUAAAUAAAGAGUAUUUCUAACUUACAACCUA